AGUGGAGGUGAUUUAGAUGGUGAUACAUUUUUUGUCUGUUUUGAUAAACGGAUACUUAUUACCGAGAACGAGGAACCUAUGGAAUUUGAUUCCCAAGGAAGAAGAGAAUUGAACAGGGAUGUUGAAAUUAGUGAUAUUUGUGAGUUCUAUAAAGAUUACAUGCUGAAUAAUAGACUCGGUCAAAUAGCCAAUCUCCAUUCAGCAUUUGCCGAUUUUACUUCGGAAGGCGUUAAAUCUAAUGAAUGCAUUAAGUUAUCAAAAAUGCAUUCUAAUGCUGUUGACUUUAAUAAAUCUGGGUAUCCAGUACUAGAUAUAUUACCAACUUUGAAGGAAUUUCCGGACUUUAUGGAAAACAGAUUUAAAGAUUCUUAUAGGUCAGAAAAAGUUAAAAAUUC